UACAACUGACAGUCGUCAAACAUGAAUUAAAUCAUAAUUCUUAUAAAUAUUUUUUUAGUUCUUUUAUAAGCAUUUUGUAGAAUAAAUAUAAUAUUCACAUUUUUAUUUUCACGUAUAGAGUAGACUACGUUCAAAUUAAUUUACCAUUGCCAGCAAUUUGAGUUUAAGCAGAAUGAGUAGCACAGAAUAUGUUCAAAUUAAAGAUUUGAAACCCGGUAUGAAAAACAUCAAUGCCAUCUUCAUAGUAUUAGAAGUGGGACCGCCAACGCUGACGAAGGAGGCACGCGAGGUGCGCACAUUGCGCGUUGCCGACGCUUCGGCGUCCGUCAAUUUAUCGGUUUGGGACGAGCCCGGAGCGUUGCUGCAGCCGGGUGACAUCGUACGCCUCACGCGUGGCUAUGCUUCGCUCUGGCGAUCUGCGCUUACUCUGUAUUCUGGUAAAUCCGGGGAUAUUCAGAAGGUGGGAGAGUUUUGUAUGCUUUUCAAUGAGCAAGUUAACAUGAGCGAGCCACAACCUGCUCCACCGCCAGUUGUAGCCGCACCGCCUCCUGAUCGUACAAACGGUGCGCACGCUCCAGCUCGCAACUUGGUUCAGACUUCACAGCCUUCAGCGCCGGGCACACAACAGAUGCCACCAAAAAAUGAACGUUUCUCCCAAAACAACCAAGAACAUAAUAAUAAACAUAAUAACCAACAUAAAACUUAUGUCCGAGGGAGAGGUCACCAGCGUGGUAACAAUAGAAGAUAACCUAUUAGAAAUAAGAUGAAUAAUUAAAUAUUAUAAUAAUUAAAAAUAAAUGUCACGGUCAAAAUUAAAAUUAGUAUUGAGUCAUAAUUAAAUUUUUCUUUGCUUUAAUGUAUAAAACUGUCAUCAAUCACAACUAAAUAUCAAAUAUGAAUUUUAAGUAUGCAUUUACUGUAGCAGUAAUUUCAGAAAUAUUUUUUAAUGUAUUAAAUGCAGAACACUAAUCUUAAUGAAGUUUCUAAUUUAGGCAUAGUCUAAGUUUUCAUUUGUUGUUUUCCUUCUGUUCUGAUAAGAACAAAUGUAUGUUGUGUAAUGCCUGUGUCACACAUGCCGGUAGCUUAUUGGGUAGGAGCAAGUCAGCAUGCUGGCUACAAUGGCAAUCUAGCAUACAAGCUCCUAGCAAACCCAUCUUACACAAUAUUAUCUUGCAAUUACUUGGCAUGGUGUGCAAUCUACAGGCAUUCUACAUAGGUCUUAAGAAAGGAACUUGACUAGCUGAUUUACUUUAUAGACUGACUCUAGUUAGUCUAUAUGUAAUGCAUAAUGUAAUUGUAUUUUUAUAUUACUUUGUAAGAGAAUACAAAAAUGUUACAUUUUGUUUGUAUGGUAUUCUUUGUUAAGCAAAAGAGAUUGUCAGUGACCAGGAAUCUUAUAAAGCUCAUUUUAUUUUAUACAAUCUUUAUUAAAGUAUGGAGACAAUUAUAUAUCAUUGUCUGCUUUCUUUUUGUCUAAGGAAAUAAAUAUCAUGUGAAUAAUUUUGUAAAUAAAGUUUUUAAAAGAAUC